UUUUCUGACGUAACACUUCCUGUUUGGGUUCCAACACAACAAUCAUGGCGGAAUUAAACCGACAACUUCAGGAAUAUUUAGCUCAGUCAAAGAGCGGUGCGAAGACAAUAUCACAGUCGAGCUCCAGCACCACUGUGAACGUUGAUGAAGCCGACAGCGGUGCACCGGACAGCUGGUUCGGUCGGUGGUCGAGUCCGUUCUCGGGUCGUAGCGGAUCUUCCACAGGCCCGAGCUCGAGCAGCGGGUUUUCCUGGCCGUGGUCUGCGGAGCCUGAUCCGUGUCUGCCGGGCAUGAGUCGGUCUCAACGGCUGGUCGCAUUCGGUGUGUGUAUCUUGUUCUCGGCCCUGUGUUUCGGCCUGUCUGCUCUUUAUGCCCCGUUGUUGUUACUGAAGGCGCGGAAAUUCGCUCUGCUGUGGUCGCUCGGCUCGCUUUUUGCGCUGACCGGCGCCGCCAUCCUCCGCGGUCCAAGCCGCAUGAUCGCCUCCCCGUCCCCGGGGGCCGUGAUAUACCUGUGCUCGCUGGGGGCGACGCUGUACGCCGCGCUGGGGCUCCACAGCACCAUGCUCACGGCGCUCGGAGCCUUCGUGCAGAUCGGCGCUAUAGCGGCCUACGUGCUGUCUCUGGUGCCCGGUGGCAGCGCAGGGAUGCGGUUUGUCGGUGGAAUGGCUGCAUCGGCCAUCAAAAGGACAGUGACCGGAAAAACCAUGCCGAUAUGAGCACAAACUUUAGCACAAACCUCAGGACUAAACACUAAUCAGUUUUAAAUCUUCAGCUGCUUGGUGUAUUAAUGUGGUGUGCAGACCAGCAGGGUUUAAUCAUCUUCGUGCUAUGACGAGUUCCUGUAUUAAUCUGGAUGAACUGGAAGCUCAUUCGGAUCGUUCAGCUGUGAAAAGAGGACCGAAGCAGCACUUAUGCACAUCUAACAGUUUGUAAAUAAAGUCAUGGAGAUUAACAUUUGUUUAAUGAUUUGUCUGAGUGACCGAUGAAAGAAGUAGACGAGAUGGAACACAAUGCAGAAGGUGUCAUCGUGGUGCAAACGACGAAUGUUAAAAUGAAUUGUAAGGGUCUUCACAUCCAACCGCUUGAACAGGCUGUGUAGAGAUGUUCAGGAGUUUUCUUUAUCUCCAACAGAAUAACUUUGAGGUCUUGUGGGCAUGCAGCUAUAGGAAAACAAUCAGUGAGGGGGGAGGUGAGGUUUUGCAGUCUGAUUGUUCCAACUCUGGAAAACAGCACUGUUUAUAAUUCUUACCACAAAUCUGUCACUGUUUAUACUUUUUAUUUGUGUAUUAUCCACUUAAAGCUGUCAGAUUGUAGCUUAACUAGUUAGGUUUCUGGUUAUACACACACACACACACACACACACACACGCACACACUCAUCUUUCUUGAAAGCAACAAGACAAAGAUAAUCCAGCUUGUCAUGUUACCAAGAAACCACAAUCCCUAAAAUCCUCUCAUACUGUGCUGACACUGGAGUCUCUUUGCAUUAACCUUUAAAUAAACGUCUCCAAACAAGAA